UUUGUGUAUUUGUAUUUAUUUGAAAAAGUCGUAGUCGACGAACAAUAUUUUUCGUGUGGUUCGCUGAUUUUUACCGUGUUUUUGCAUGCAUCGUGCAUUUAUUGCAUUUAUUACACAAGCCUUUAUUAUCCAUGCUUAAUUCGUACUUUAUAACCAAGAGUAAAAUUAAGUAAAAUCGUCUGUCUGGAGUGGGUGCAUUAUUAAAUUGUAUUCUAGUUCAUGAGACAAUUAUCAAUUUGGUCUUGAGAUCGUCUCCUCUAAACGAUUAAAAUUUUCUGAAAGCUGGUUAGAAAAACGAGGAUGUUUCUCAUCGGACUGACGGGAGGAAUUGCUACGGGCAAAAGUACGGUAUCAAAUGUUUUUCGUGAAAGUGGAAUUCCGGUUAUCGAUGCAGAUGCAAUUGCAAGACUUGUGGUCGAGCCAGGAAAACCAGCAUGGUUCAAGAUCAAGGCUGCAUUUGGUGAUAGCGUUUUUUAUGCUGAGAGCGGAGAGUUGGAUAGAGAUGCUUUGGGGAAAAUCAUUUUUGAUAGUGUAGAAAAGCGAAAAAUACUGAAUGAAAUUACUCAUCCUGAAAUACAUCGGGUAAUUUACAAGGAAGUGAUUCGAUAUUUUUUUCUUGGGCAUAAUUUUGUUGUUAUGGAUCUGCCGUUGCUAUUCGAGAAUGGCAUUAUGCUUAAUUUCAUGCAUAAGAUAAUAACGGUUACAUGCGAAGAAGACAUUCAGUUGACAAGAUUAAUGGAUCGAAACCAUUUGUCAGAAGCGGAUGCAAAAAAACGAAUCAGACAGCAAAUGCCACUUGAGCAAAAGUGCAAUCAGUCGCACUUUGUAAUUGAAAAUUCAGGUACACUCCAGGAUACAGAAGAACAGACAGCAAAAAUUUUAGCUGUUUUACAAGAUAGCAAUCAACACUGGAAGAUUCGUGGUGUUAUUUUUGCUACUGCAGCCAUUCUUUUUUCUAGUAUAGCAUGGAUUCUUAACUAUAAGUAUAAGUUUAUAUCUGCCAAUUGACGCUCCUUAAUAUGUAGACUUAGUAGAAAAAUAUGCAUAUUGGAAGAGAGUUAUAAAUUAUAUCAUUUGUUCAAAAUUUACAAAAAACCAUUACUCGUUUCGCUUGGAACUUGAUUUGUUUAAAAACUGCAUACUAAAAAAUAUUAAAACAUUCUAGUUAUUAUGAUUGAGAAUGUGCUUAAAAUGCUAAAACAAGGCGAAUAGAAGCAACUAGCAGUGGCGACUCGUCCGCAUGUUCAACCUGUUCAUAGGACAGGCAACAAAAUUCAGCCCGACAAAAUUGUUUUCAUCACUCGUUCAUGGUUUCGUUUGCACCGACGCAUAUGCAAUACGAAUUUAGUUUAGUUACGAAGCUGAUGAGCAAACCGUUCAACACGACGUUUGAAUGUUGCUUUAGAGAUCUCAAUGCACAAGCAUACCAACAUAUUCCUGGUGUUGAUUCUUGAUACUGAAUUAAUACCAGGAACAAUGUGUUGGUGAGAAAGAGAUAAAAAGCGAAUGUGAAACAGCUUUUACUCGAAAGCGCGUGCGCAUUAUUGUCUCAUUAACUCGUUCAUGUUCAGCAUUGAACAACUUACAACCACAUAUCCCCGUGGCCUGCGCUUUGAUUCCAUUUUAUUUAGUUACGAAGCUAAUGAGCAAAACGUUCAACACGACGUUUGAACGUUGCUUUAGAGAUUAGCACCAGGAACAAUGUGUUGGUACGAAGGGAAUUUGAAAAUAUUGAGCGCGGUUGGCAUGCAUUAUUCGCAAAAUUUUCUCAUGAAAUCGUUCAUCUUUAGCAUUGAACAACUUACGCAUAUCACUUGUGGUGCGUGUGGUGUGGGCCUGUGCGCGCAUCGCAGGAAGGUGGUUAUUUUUGAAUUUGGUUCAAUAGGUAAAAUGAACGAAAAGUUUUCGGUUCGUAGUUAAAAUUCAGUAUCGAGUUUGCUAGUAAACCGUCGUAUUUCGUUGUUAUUUAAAUAAUAGAGGUAUUCACGUAGCGCUUGCUAUGUUGCGUAUACGGAGUAUUGCGUAUUUAUACAGCCGCUACUCGCAUAAUAGUUCCAUCUCCAUAGAAACCGGAACUGCAAUCAGAAUUGCGGCAGUAUAUACACGAAAUACACCGUUUACGCAACAUAGCAAGCGCUACGUGAAUACCCCUAAUGUUUGUUUUAUGAUUAAAAUAUAGAAAUGCGAUAAUAAAAAAAGCUGCGUGUUAAUUUGUAUUUUUCACUGGUUGAACAGGUAAGCUAAACCCCCACGAGUCGCCACUGGCAAAUAGUAAUCUUCUAAAGCAUUGCUGCGAGUCUAAUUAGCAAUGCAACAAUCAUUUUUCUGGAAUGCUCGUAAAAUGGGUACCUAAACGUUUGUGAGUGUCUAAAUAAUUCGCAUUUAAAAAACAUUUUGUUCAAUUCAGGACAUAAGCGCGUGCUGAAAUGGAUUACAUAGGGCAGGUAAUUUUGUUCAGUUCCUAAUCCUGAUCACUCAAUCAUAGUAGCCGAUUUUUAAAAGAUUGAAUUGGCAAGCUUUGAUCAUGACCCAUGAGGAUUCUAAUUAACUAUGGUUUUUUGUUCAAUCUUCUAAAAAUCGACUGCUUUAGUUGAGUUAUCGGAAUUACUUGCGUUCACGGUAUUUCAAGAGUUCAUUCACGUGUUACAGUGGGAUUGCGGAGCGUCGUCAAACUUUUUUUCAAUUAUGUUACAGUGAGGCAUGCAUGAUAUAGGUACACUUUUGCAAAACAAAUAGAAAUAAUAUUCUUUUAUACAAAAUCGAGUGAAAUUGAUAGGCAAAGUCAUUCUUUAAAAUUCUGUAAAAUUAUGUUCAAGAAAUAAAAAUUAAA